AUGGCUACAAGCCGAGAUGACCUCCAACCUGGGCAUGUGGGCAAUGGGUUGGUCAUCUGGGUGACCGGCUUUCGCAUGCCCCAAAACAUCACCAAAAUCUGGUUCCUCAACCUGGCUGUGGCUGACUUCACCUUCACUGCCUUUCUACCAAUAAAUGUAGCUGCUUUAGCCUAGGGCCACUGGCCUUUAGGUUGAAUAGCCUGUAAGCUCUACCAUACCUUCAGUAUGCUUAAUAUGUCUGCCAGUGUCUUCCUGUUGACCCUGGUUUCCUUAGAUCGAUGUGUAUGCAUCCUCCAGCCUUUAUGGGCCCAGAACCACCGCACACAAUGCCAGGUAGUCGUGAUGGCCACUGGGAUCCUGAUAGUGGUGGUCAUAGCCUUCUUCCUCUGCUGGCUCCCUCUGCACCUAGUGACCAUCCUGGUGCUGAUCAGCAAUCUGAAGAACAACCAGGGCCAUGGCCUGCUUUAUUACUGGGCGAUGCCAGCCUUCACCCUGGCCAGUGCCAAUAGCUGCCUCAACCCGAUCCUCUACUCCUUCAUUGGAAAGAACUUUUGUCAUCAUCUCCUCAGCUCCAUGACAGUCGCUCUGAAGCAGGCCCUGGAGGAGGACUCUAAACCUGGCAGGCCUGCUGGGAUCAAGGCCUCUGAACUCCAGGAAAGUCAGCCCCCAAGGGCCAUGCCUUCGAGUACCCAGCAUAAGAGCCUUGCUCCUCUUGAUCCAUGA